AAUGACAGAAUUUUUGGAAGAUUAUUACUUUUGGAAGGCCUGUUAAUACCCAUUUCCUAAGAGAUAGUUGACCAACAUUGAUUCUGGCAUGGCGCAAAACAGUCCACAGCUUGAUAUUCAGGUUCUCCAUGAUCUUCGACAACGUUUUCCUGAAAUUCCAGAGGGUGUGGUAUCUCAGUGCAUGUUACAGAAUAACAACAAUCUAGAAGCCUGUUGUCGAGCCCUUUCCCAGGAGAGCAGCAAAUACUUGUAUAUGGAAUACCAUAGUCCAGAAGACAAUAGAAUGAAUAGAAAUCGCCUUUUGCAUAUUAAUCUGGGUAUCCAUUCUCCUAGUAGCUACCACCCAGGAGAUGGAGCUCACCUUAAUGGUGGUCGAACACUGGUACAUAGCUCAAGUGAUGGACAUAUUGAUCCUCAGCAUACAGCAGGCAAACAGAUGAUAUGUUUAGUUCAGGAACCACACUCAGCUCCAGCUGUUGUGGCUGCUACUCCCAACUAUAAUCCAUUUUUUAUGAAUGAACAGAGCAGAAGUGCAGCUACUCCACCUUCACAGCCACCUCAGCAGCCAUCUUCCAUGCAAACAGGAAUGAAUCCAUCUGCUAUGCAAGGUCCUUCACCACCGCCACCACCUCCGUCCUACAUGCACAUACCUCGGUAUAGUACAAAUCCAAUUACUGUUACAGUGUCCCAGAACCUUCCUUCCGGACAGACUGUACCAAGAGCUUUACAGAUUCUUCCACAAAUUCCAAGCAAUCUCUAUGGAUCUCCUGGUUCUAUUUUUAUUAGACAGACAUCUCAGAGUUCAUCAGGAAGACAGACUCCUCAGAAUGCUCCAUGGCAGUCCUCACCACAAGGCCCAAUGCCUCAUUACAGCCAGCGUCCUUUACCUGUUUAUCAACAUCAACAGAACUAUCAACCUUCUCAGUAUUCUCCCAAACAACAACAGAUUCCUCAGUCAGUUUACCAUUCACCACCUCCUUCUCAGUGUCCUUCACCUUUUAGCUCACCACAGCAUCAAGUACAACCACCCCAGCUGGGUCACCCAAGCUCUCAUGUGUUUAUGCCACCCAGUCCUUCAACUACUCCACCCCACCUAUAUCAACAAGGACCUCCUAGUUAUCAGAAACCAGGAGGUCAUUCAGUAGCCUAUCUCCCUUACGCAGCAUCUAGCUUACCCAAAGGUUCCAUGAAGAAGAUAGAAAUUACAGUUGAACCUUCUCAAAGACCUGGGACAGCAAUAACUAGAAGUCCGUCACCUAUCAGUAAUCAACCAUCUCCAAGGAACCAGCACUCACUGUAUACAGCCACCACGCCACCUUCAAGUUCCCCUUCAAGAGGGAUAUCUAGUCAACCAAAACCUCCAUUUAGUGUUAAUCCUGUGUAUAUUACAUAUACACAGCCAACUGGACCUUCGUGUGCUCCAUCACCAUCUCCUCGAGUGAUACCAAACCCAACUACAGUUUUUAAAAUUACUGUAGGCCGAGCAACAACUGAAAACCUUUUAAAUUUAGUGGACCAAGAAGAACACUCUACAGCUCCAGAACCUAUUCAGCCCAUUUCAGUGAUACCAGGCUCUGGGGGAGAAAAGGGAAACCACAAGUAUCAAAGGAGUUCUAGUUCUGGAUCAGAUGACUAUGCCUAUACACAAGCCUUGCUGUUACAUCAGCGAGCAAGAAUGGAGAGGUUAGCAAAGCAAUUGAAACUUGAAAAAGAGGAACUAGAGCGGUUGAAAGCUGAAGUUAACAGUAUGGAGCAUGACCUGAUGCAGAGACGGCUUAGAAGAGUCAGCUGCACCACUGCAAUUCCCACGCCUGAGGAAAUGACAAGAUUGAGAAGCAUGAACAGACAACUCCAGAUAAAUGUUGACUGUACACUGAAAGAAGUUGACCUCCUUCAAUCUAGAGGAAACUUUGAUCCAAAAGCCAUGAAUAAUUUUUAUGACCACAUAGAACCUGGCCCAGUUGUACCACCAAAGCCAUCUAAAAAAGACUCCUCAGACUCCUGUGCAAUUGAGAGAAAAGCCCGAAGAAUUAGUGUGACUUCCAAAGGACCGGCAGAUAUCCAUGAAUUCCAGGCAGCAGCUGCAGAUGAACAUUUAAGUGGCUGCAAACAGAGUCCUCGGAUCCAGCCUCGAGAUGAAGAUUAUGAAGGGGCUCCAUGGAAUUGUGACAGCUGUACCUUUCUCAACCACCCAGCACUGAAUCGCUGUGAGCAAUGUGAGAUGCCACGGUACACUUGAGUUCAGAAGAAUUGACACUAGGUUGAGAGUGAAACUUUGAGCACUCACCGAAAGAAAAGGAAACUUUGGGAUUGUAUUCAUCUGCCCAGCCUUUUCAUUUCUUGAUUGCACAAGGGGAGGUGGGGGAAUGGCGCCCUGGCCACUGGCUCGCGAAAGGAAAAAUGGGAAGUUCUUUUCUUUUCCUUUCUUAACUCAUUACAGAGUGAGAGGUAGAAGGGGAUACUUGAAUUCACUCCUGCAAGAAUGUACACAGAGAUGUUAAGGGCUCUUCUGUGGAAUCCCAAUUGUUACACUUACUGCUGAGUGGCUCUUCAUUUCUAAAGGUGAACUUUGGGAUAUGGUAGGACAUGUUACAGUUUAUGCAGACAAACUGUGAAUUCCAGAGCAGACAUACUUGGUCACAGCUCUCUGGAAACCAAGGCUCCCUGUGCCUCUUCCUGUUGUUUCUUGUGAAGAUGUGGACAGGAAAAAGCACCCAGGAUAUGUUUUAUUUUCUUUUUUGCAAAAUAAUAAGUUUAUUUGUAAUUGCUGCUUUUUUUUCAGGGGUAAUUUCAAACACACAUUCAUAUGCAAACAGGAUACUUUAAAAUGUGAUUUGUAGUAGUCAGGAAUUAGGCAUAUCAUGCCCUUUGUGAGGAAAUACAAUCAGAGGUAGAAUUACCUCUUUUGCUUGAACAAUGGUUCAUCAAGCUGCAUUGACACUGGUAACUAAGACCUACUUAUGCCACAUAAAUUAUUGUAUAUUUUCUUAGGUUAUUGAUUUUGAAAGUAAUGAAGUAUGAUUUUAUAAAAUGUCAUUCUCAUAAAACCGUGCUUUGCCAGUAGCACACUGAAUGUAUGCCAAAUGCAAGUCCAUUCCAAAACCAUUGGAAAUCCUAAGCUUAGUUGUGGUUCUUAAGAAAUGUUUGCAGUAUAUAGGGCCCCCCACUUCUGGUUUGUAAUGAAUACAUAAUGUUUACAGCACAGAAAAUACUUUGUGCCGUAGUCCUAAUUUAGCUGAAAAAAUCAAUAUGAGCUAUUUAUUUGCACAUGUGUUAACUAGCCAAUGAGAGGGAAAGUGAAGUUGGCCAACAUGAUAACGUUGCAUUAAUGAAGGAGUGAGACAAGACUACUCAAGAAAUACUAUUGGUCUGGGGAUACAGCUCAGUGGAAGCACGGUAGCCUGGCAUUAACAAGGUGCUAUAGGUUGAAAAAAAAACUACUGUCAAAAGAAUGAUGUAUACAGGGAGUUUGACUUUUUUUUUAGUUGAAUGGACAGAUCAUACUGAAUUUCAGCAGUUCAGGGAAUACUAAAGCACUACUUAUGAAACAAUACAGGCAUGGAUACACUGAAAAAGAUAAUAAAUCAGGCCACUUGUUGUGAUGUAUUAUGAGAAAAUUAAUAAUAGUAUAUUUAAGUAGGUUCUUUGCCUUAAAUUUCCUUCUUGGCUCAGAAUUGAAUUUUGGAAUUCUUCCCCAUUUUGGUGAACAUAGACAGCAAUAAAGUUGCUAGGUUUUUCCAUCUUGAAGAAUUUCACUUGAGGUCAUAACCUUAGGAAUACUAGGUCUGUCUCCAACUCCUGUAUACACAGCCACUUUGUACUGUCAUUGUAUUCUCAUUUAGCAGUAAUCUCUACCAGACCUGGAAAAACAAGCUGCACUCAAUAGCAUAUUGAAACCAAAGGCAUAGCUCAUUGUAGUUUUCUAUCAGUCAUUAUUUUCUACAUCGCAUCUAGCCUUCCUAAGUGGAGAAUGCCCCAAAUACAUCCAUUUUUCUCAAGAAGAGCAUGAUUAUGUAAUUAUCUCUCACUCAACUGCGGCAAAACUGUGAAAAUCACAGUGGUGGAAAAACACAGGCACAAACCCAUGGACUUGGAAAGGGUAAAAGGCUUGUAACCUGGGUUUCCUGUCAGUCCCCAGAAGCAGUCUAGCAGUCCUACUGUUCUUUAAGGCACCCUUGCCUUUGUGUAGUUUUUUGUCUCCCUUAGAGAUGGACAGCUCUACUUGCUGUUAUGAGACAAGUCAGGAGGAACAUAUACACUACUUGAUAUAUCUAACUAAAGGCGUGCAAGUGUUCAUAGUAAGAUGCUGAAAUACCAACAACGUGGCACUUGUCAGUUGAACAUGAAAGAAGCAUGUGUGAAAAGUCUGAUGCUUUAUUAAAACCAUGUAGUUGAUAUUAAGACUAUUGCAUGAAAGCUCACCAAGGUCAAUAAGCUGUUAACAUACAGUAGAUGCAUGGUUUCAGGCCUUCAAUGAUAUAUCUAGCCAAUCAUUGCUUUUACCUGCCAGGCAAAAUGAGGUACUAGUUCAUUUGUUUGGUAUGGAAGUUAGGUAUGCGACAUCAGAGGGACUUUAAGUUUGUACAUGUUACGUUUUAGUUGUUCACACAUUCUAAAUGCCCACAAAGUUGUAUUCAGUUCCUAAAAAUGAAGAAAACAACUUGACACUGACGAACUUGAUACAUUUAACUGUAUCAUAUAUAGACCCAUAUAUAAACUGCUCCUUAUCUAUGACCGCUUUGAAUAAGAAUUCAUUGAACCAUCCAGGUGGUUUUGUUUCUUUUUUCCAGAGUGUUCUGCUCAUAUUGGCAACCAUAAGCAGGUGGCAUAUGGUGGUAGGGUAGAACUUGGUUGGAUACUGCUACAGAGGAGUCCAUGCCCUUUGGGUCAGUUAGUGCACUCUUAUUUUCGUGUGAGAGGUUUGCUUUCUUAAAAUGCUAGUUUGAUGUACCUGGUAAGACAGACCUGACUCUACAUUUUACAUUUCACUCUUUUUGUAAACUGGGUUUUUAGAAAGCAUGUUAGCCAUUGUGUUAAAAGAACACUGUCUCCUUAAAUUUUAGAGGUCUUAAAGUUUAAAGUGGAAAAAAAGGAGUCACAAACUUGUAAGGAUUGUAAAAUGCUUGCAUUGAUUCUAAUCUAGUUUGGGGGAAAGUGGAGGCAGUGGAUAUUAAAGAAACAAAAGAAAUGCAUUGUACAAAUAUGUAGUUUUAGUGCAGGUUAAUGAUGGUGGAGGAAAGUGUUGCUAAUUUGUUUUUUCCCAGGACGAAAUGGGAAGUGUGAUAUGCAGUUUAAUUUUUAAGGAGCUGGUCUCAAUUUUACUACUUUCUACUUAUGAAAGAAAUUAAUGUUUCCUUAAAUUUUUGUCAUUGGUUUGUCACAAUUAUCUAGGGGUUCAUAUCCAACUCUCUGUGGCAACUCAGUUUUAUAUAGUCUUUUUAAAAAGUAAUUGUUUAUGUAUUUCUGACAGUGUGAAAAAAGAAUAUGAGGCAUAGAACUUUCUUUUAGAAAUAUCGAUGAUGUAUCCUGGAAUGUGAAGAUGUCCCUUGAAGAUGAAAAAUGGAAUUAUUUUACUAUUGUACCAUUGUUAGACCUUGAAUGAAUCCAUGUUACAAUGUGUGUCUGUAGAUUUGUAGAGAAUGGGAAAUGACAAUUGAAUCAUUACUUUAAAACUUCGAAUUGGGCACUGCCUGCGUUGCAGCACUACUGUAUCUUUGUUGAGAGAAUUAACAGUAUUUCCCUGCUGUGAAAGUUAAUUCUGAUGAUGUUUCACAUUCACUUGACUGUUUUUCUGUAUUAUUUGCAUCCCCAAAUAUUUACUACAAGUAAAAUCGUGCAUGGCUUGGGCAUUCAGUGAUAACCGAAUGAUGUGUCAGUCUGAGUUUUUAAAGCCAUGAAAAGUUGCUUUGAGACUGAACAGUUCUGAGUUAUUUAUAACAGCACCCAUUGUCCAUGUUUCUUUCCCCACUGUAAAAGAAUUGAUCAGUUUCUUCAUUAAAGCAGCAAAAAGUUAAUUAAAUCUUGUACAUACCAUGUCUCUUAGAUUUGUGUAUGUUGUGAAGGACAUUAUUUUGAAAAGAAACUGUACAAAGGCAUAUUAAAAGGCCAUGCAUGCACCGUACCUCCAAGCAGUACAUAUUCAGAAAGUCAGAGUCCUGCAAAAUAAAUUAAUAAACUAAAAACAAGCUCUA